AUGGGUGCAUGUGCUGGUAAAAAUAAAUCAAAAAAAUCAAAAUCUUAUGAACCUACAGCGACUUCAACCAAAGAACCAGAAUCAGAAUCCAAAGAUAAAAAUUUGCAACGAACUAUUUCACCAUCAUCAGUCGAGACAUUACCAUCAUCAAAAGGUUUGACAGCAAAUAACGAUGAUAAUAAUACAUCUAAAUCAAAUACAGAAAUACAGGACAUCGCUCCAGAUGUUCAAAUUAUAAUCAAUGAACAAGAUGGAAUUAGUAAUACAUUAAGUAAACCAUUUCCAAAUCGUGUUGUUUCAGUUACAGAUUCUGAACUUGAAUCGGAAUUAGCCAAUCUUGUAUAUGGACGUCCGGAAAAUGAUUAUGCAGAAAAUCCAAUUCCUGCUCCUACAUUUAAAAGUACUGAAGUUUAA